AUGGAUGCUUUAAAAGAAGUGAAAGACUGGCUUAUGUUUAAAUUUCAAGGAUUGGCAUCAAAACAGGAUGAGACCUCUAAUGUUCGUGGAAUGAACCCAUUGACACCUCAAAAUAUUCCAGAGUUUGUGAUUCCUGGGUCCGGGAGCUCCUCUCGUCGUACGAGCAGUGAGUGCUUUGGUGACAUGACUUUGGAUUUUGAACGGAAACGAAAUAGUUACAGUGGACGUAGUAACACGUCUCCUCCAUUUUCUCCACACCUUUCUCCUUCCGAAUCCACGCCAUGUUUCCGAACGAUGAAUGGGAUGCCAUGUCGCUCUGCGCCGGUCACCCCGCGGCAUGAACUGCGGGCUGUUAUUGGUUACAGCAACAGAUGCGCCUCUUCACAGCCAGGACUUAAUCGAGUGCAAACAAACGAUGACCCUCUUUCAUUUGCAGCCAUGAGUCUUCCACAUUUACAGCGACAAACAUCGUAUGGCUUUACAACAUUGACGGAAAACCCACACACUCGGCGCAAGGAGUCAUUAUUUCACAUAGGAAAUGAAAGUCUAUUAUCAAGAAGAGCUAUCAGAAGUCUUAAAUCCAAUAAGAUUAACAAUCGUAAUGACUACUCGACGCCAGACAUUAGUCUCCAUUCAAUGCCAAACAACGUCCUCACUGCUCCACAAACAAGAAGUAUGCCGUCUGUGGUAGUGACAGCGGCAAAACAAAACUCCAUAGACAUUAGUUCUUUUCCGAACCAAUCAAGUAGGCGAUUAUCCCCCGUUUAUCACAUUAACACAAGUGAUGGUACUAACCAUAUUACAAUACCAUCGAAAUACAAUCGCUAUUACAAUAGACGGAGGUCAUCUCUACAAAUAAUGGUCAACGGAGGUUCGGAGCAUUCCAGUGCUUCUGAUGUGUCCACCCCUUCACAAGGCUCAAUAGAAUCAGUAAACGAAAAACAAAGACAGAGUUUAGGGGAACUUCAUGCUCAUAUGAGCAAUCCAAUUAAAAGGCAUUCGGCCCCGGCCAUUGCUUCUGAGAAAAAAUCAACCAUAGAAGAGAUUCAGAAGCAGCGUUCAAGCUCAUGUCACGUGAUUAUGAAUAAUCUUGAAACUGAUAAGCCUCAAGAGACGCACAUGUUCGCCCCUUAUGGUGAGCUUAAAUUCAGCUUUCAGUAUCUGGCGGCCUCAAAACAAUUAAAACUUACUCUAAUAAAGGCAGAAAACUUGGGCGGACAAAUCAAGCAAGAUAGGAUGUUUAAUUGCUUUUCUAAAAUAUACCUAAUGCCAGGAAAAUUACAAAAACAAACAAGUGCUGUUGUGAAAAAAACUAGAGAUCCUGUGUUUGAUCAGGAAUUAUAUUUUCACAAUAUAACCAUCGAAGAGCUACAUGGAAUGAGUCUGGUGAUUAAGGUUUUCUCGAAGUCAACAAAUUUUAAACCAAAUGAAUUCAUCGGUAAAGUGUGCAUACCGCUGGAUAAUUACGACGUCAUGAUAGAAAACCGAAUAUGGAAGGAUCUAGAACUCAGCAAGGAACGAGAGGAGAUCGGAUUCUUGCACCUCGGCCUCAAAUAUGAACCCAAGAAGGGAACAGUCACCGUGGUCGUCGACCAGGCUAAAGCUCUUUCCGUGCAUCCUAUUACUGGCCCGCCAAAUCCUUACGUAUGUGUGGAGGUGGCGCCCCCUGGCCGCGGCGUAAUGAAACAGCAGACGAACACGUGCAAGAACGACGCGAAUCCCGAUUUUCAACAAUCAUUCGUGUUUCCGGUGUCAACGCAGCUCGCCGUCUUACAGGAAUCGUCAGUAAGCGUUUCCCUGUUUGACCACGACAGGUUCCGCAGUGAUAUUUUAAUUGGGCAAGUUGUAUUAGGUUGCCUAGCGACGGAAGUUAGUCAAUAUGGCCACUGGCAAGAGAUGCUUGAAAAUUGCGGAUUCAUGAUAAGUAAAUGGCAUUAUCUGAUAGACCGCGGGGAAUGAUGUGAGAAACUUCAAUCUCGGAAUCGUGACAUACAUUAAAGAAGAUCAAAUCUUCCGCUGAUGGUAGCAAUUUACGAGGGAGUUGUCACGGCCUACACUUAUAAAUAAGCAUGACACUGGCAUGAUGGCAGUUUAUGUAUAUGAUUUAUGUAGGGCUGAAAAAAAAUGUAUUACAAAUUGAUUUUAUACCUCAUAAGUGGAUCCGGAAGUAGAUCUUGGUGCACUGGGCAGGUAGCUAAAUCUAUAUUUUUGGCCUAAAAUAUUUUCAAUUUGGAGAAAUAAAUGCAGAGAAUGCACAAGAAAACUUAGAAUAAAUGAGAUAAACUAUUUGGGGAGGAUAAACAAACCCCACAUUUGAACUUUUUCUGUUCCGGAGAAAGAGAGAGAGAGCGCGCGCAUUUUGAGGACCGCCACUCUCCCUUCUUCACACGAGCGUUUUUCCACCUGACGAAAAUGGUAGCUUAAACCGUUUCUUUAUUAGCUUGAUCAGCAAAUCUUUGUUUUA